CAUCAACUGCUAAACACGCCAAGCACCUGUCACUUCUCCAACCAUUACACGGCAAAUAUAUUAGUCUAUCCUUUCAUGAUCAUGUUUUCGAGGAUUCUUUAAUUCUACGAUUCCGAGCUCCAAUUUCUCAUGGAUGUGUUGGGGUUACAGAGAAUCGUAAUGGGAAGGAGCUGAUUCCGGGGGAGAAGGCGAUUUGAGAUCUUAGGGUUUCUUUCACUUUCUUUUGGGUAAUUUCAAGGGCCCUUCUUUUUUUCAGGGGUAGGGGCCCUGGGGGAGAGAUAGAGGAAGCCAAAUGAAGGAGCUUUUAGGGAGUCCCGGGUCGAGGAGUAGCUUGGCAUUGAGGAUUGGCCAGUGUACUUUCGCCGCCGCAUCCAUUGCAGUCAUGGCCUCCGCCUCUAGUUUUUCUACCUACACUGCUUUCUGCUAUUUGAUUGCUUCUAUGGGACUUCAACUGCUCUGGAGCUUUGGGCUUGCAUGUCUUGAUGUUUAUGCUUUGAGGAGAAAGAGAGACCUUCGGAAUCCAAUUCUAGUGAGCCUAUUUGUUGUUGGUGAUUGGGUAAGUAAACUUUCUCUUAGGAUACCAUUUAAUAUCUAUCAAUCAACACAUGUAACGAACAUCAAGAUAGAUUCUUGUCUAUGAAGAAAUGUACUCACCAAUUUGUGGUGCUUCUCACUUGGUAACUAUAGAUAAAGCAAAUUGAAACAAAUAUCUCUUGCUGCUCGAAUGUUCUGACUGCAGAUAGGAUGUUCAUGGUGGAUGGUAUGCCAUUCUCCGGGCCUUUCAGUAGUCUGACAUUUUAUUAUGGAGUUAUAUGCCCCCAGUAGUCAUAAGAUUAUUUAUUUUCUGCUUUGUAAUGUUGGUUCCCUGUUUAUCUUAUUUUUGUAAAGGUAGUAUAACACCUGCCAUUCUACUUCCAGGAGAGAAUGAGAAAAAAAUCUAAUAAACUAACAAAUAGAUACCCCUUCUUCACCAUUCUGAGAGUGAGAGUGAACCUUCGAUGAAAUUUAUUUAUCUGGCUUGGGACAUUGAAUUUGAAUGCACCAAUUUUGAGUCUUUUGGCUACUUUUCUCCUCUUCAUUCAAGUAGGUGUAGUUUCCCCAACAAGUUAAAGCUUGAAAAAUGCAGGUUACCGCACUGUUAUCACUUGCAGCUGCAUGUUCAUCAGCAGGAGUUAUAGUUCUGUACGCAAGAGACUUGAAUUUCUGCGAGGAACAAGAUUCUCCCCAAUGCAGCAGGAUUGAAAUAUCUGUAUCAUUUGCAUUCUUCUCCUGGUUUCUGAUUGCAAUAUCAUCUCAUGUGAUGUUCUGGAUCUUGGCAUCAAUUUAAACGACUCAAAUGAUUCCCCUGCUCACAGUGAACAUAUUCGCACAUAAAAACAGUACCUUUUGAUUCACAUGUAAAUGUUUUUCUUUUCUUCUUCUUGUUCUUUUUUUUUUUUAAUUACCUUUUCGUUUUUUUUUUACCUUGCUUUCUUUUUGUGCAAUUUUCUGAAGGUUGGAAGAGUUUUUGUUUAUGUAUGUGGAUGCUGUUUCAAUAUUCAAUUUGGAUUGAAACUUGAAAGCUUACUUUGUUCUUA